AGGGUUAGAAGAAGGCCGGCGAAUGCGGGUGGCGGGCUGAGGGGCUGCGUUUUGGAACCCUGGGAUCUGUACCAGCAGUUACGACGUCCCCCCAUCGCCUUCUCCGGGUGGGAACGGCUCCGGAGUAGCGGUUUAUCUCGUCUGUUCCUGUGGGUUGAGUUCCUUCUCACCUUGGAAGACCCUGCUGUCGGCUGGGACCCCUUCCCGAAGUCAGCGAUCCCCUUCUCGCCGCUCCUCUAGCACCUUGAAGGGAGUGCUCAGUAAACUUUUGGGCAUGCUUGAGACUCCCGGGGAGACAGUGGUUUGGGGAUGGUGGGAAGGUCCCCGCUGAAAGCAGAAGUUUCUGGGACCCACAAGUCCGGGCUUGUACCAACCAUUCAGAAUAUUGGUGGUAAAGCCAGUGGCAGUUCCGGAGGCAUCAGGAAUCCGUCAGGGAGGAAAAGCCUCUGGAUUUGAGAUCUCUUUCUGAGCUUCUGAGCCCCGGUUGGGGCUGGAAGAGGGAACUGACCUCGGAGUUGCCGGGAGACCUUCGCUAUUGUUGACACUUUUACUUGCUGGAAGCAGGGAUUGGAUCGAGUGUCUGCAUCCAGGGUGUGGGCAAAACGAAGAAGUUACGGAGAAUUUGCCCGUAAAGAGAGGCAAGCAUUACCUAGGAUCUGGGUGGGCAACAGUCUGUGCAGUGAGGAUCAGAGAGGAGGAAACACCACAGUGUGAGGGACUGACUGACUGGUCAGGUGAGAAAAGACCAAAAGUUGCUCUUUUACCACAGCAAGUCCGGCGGUUGCUAAUCUGGAUUCUCCAAUUUCAGACCUGGUCUUUCAGAGCUCCUUUCUCCUCCCCUAGACUUGUCAGUUUAGCAUUUUGCCUUUCCCAGUGAAGAGGAAGAUCAGCCAAGUCCCAGAUCUCUGUGCAAGAGAGGCAGAAAUGAUCAAGGGAUCAGUGACACUCCAGGAUGUGGCUGUGGAAUUCACCCCAGAGGAGUGGCAGCUGCUUGACUGUGAUCAGAGAACCCUGUAUUGGGAUGUGAUGUUGGAGAACUUUAGAAACCUCAUCUCAGUGGGAACAGGGUGUCCAGUUACUGAAACAACAGUGAUAUUCAAGGUGGAGCAAGGACAAGAACCAUGGAUGGUGGAGGGAGAGAACUCACGUCGGAGCUCUCCAGAAGCUGACUGCCCACUUGUUGAUGAAUCAGACAAGCACCAGAAAAGCAAAGACAAUUUUUUAAAUUCAGUUUUGUUCAUGUUCAAUAAAAUUCAGACUGUGAAGAGACUUCAUGGUUAUAAUAUGAGCACAAGUCUUAAUCCUACAAGAAAAAAAUCAUAUAAAUGUAAGUCAUAUGGGAAGAGUUUGCAACCUACUUUGGACUUUCUUAAUUAUAAUAGAUGUUAUAAUGGAGAACACUCUGAUGAAUGCAAUGAAUGUGGGAAAGCCUUAAAAAAGAAAUUUAAUUUCAUUAGACAUGAAAAAAAUCAUACAAGAAAAAAACUGUUUGAAUGCAACAACUGUGGGAAAGCCUAUAGCAGCAAGGCACACCUUGCCACUCAUCAGAAAAUUCAUAACAGAGAGAGACCCUUUGUGUGCAGUGAUUGUGGAAAAGCGUUUACACAUAAAGCACAGCUCGUGGUCCAUCAGAGACUCCACACUGGAGAGAAGCCUUAUGAAUGCAGUCAGUGUGGAAAAUCAUUCACUUGGAAUUCUUCCUUUAAUCAACACAUGAAAUCGCAUACACUUGAGAAUUCAUUUGAAUGUAAGGAAUGUGGGAAAACGUUCAGGUAUAGUUCAUCCCUUUAUAAACACUCUAAAUUUCAUACAGGAGAGAAACCAUAUCAAUGCAUUGUAUGUGGGAAAGCCUUUGGCAACAGUUCUGUGCUUGUUACCCAUCAAAGAAUUCAUACAGGAGAGAAACCUUAUGGAUGUAUUAAAUGUGGCAAAGCCUUCAUCAAGAAGUCUCAUCUCCUUAGACAUCAGAUAACUCAUACAGGAGAAAGGCCCUAUGAGUGUAGCACAUGUGGGAAGCCAUUUUCCCAGAAGUCAAAUCUUAUUGUACAUCAGAAAAUUCAUAUGUAACGUUCACUUAUGAAUAUGAGAAAGCUUCAAUAUUUGAUAAGUUAUUGAGUAGAGAAUUCAUGGUGAGGAGAAAUCAACAAUUUGAAGGAACUGAAAGGAUAAAUUCCCAUAAAAAAAUCAACGCCAGUCAUGUUCUGGAAGUGAUAAAGUAUUUAGAGGAAAGAUCACAGAAAAUGUUAAUUUAUAAUGAUAAAACUUAGAGCUUGGAAAGCAUAAAUUAAACAAUCAAGGAAUCAGUGAAAACUGCAUUUAGCAUCUCUGAUUAUUUUUAUAACAAAUUAUAUAAUUAUGCAAGUAUGAAUAUAAAAUAAGUUUAUUUAUUAUAUUAAAUUAUAUCUAUUAAGAGUUUCUGAAGUAAAUAUCACACUUUUUCUUCCAAUCUGAAUAGUAACAUGCAAUGAAAAAAUGUAGUUUAAGAUAUAGUAUGAAUUUCAGUAAUAUUUUCAUCCAUUUGCUGGCACUUUUAAUGGGUAUGGCAGUGUUAUUGAAUCUCAGAGUCUCCUCUUUAAUUCUAAAACUUGUUAUAAAGAUUUAUAGAAUUACAUGUGUGUAUAAUUUAACAAGAUAUCAAUUGAGAUGGUGAAAGCAGUUGUAUUCUAUACACUAAGUGCUCAGUUGUGGAAA